AAAAAAUCUCGAAUUCAAAACGCUCCCACCAAAACCACAACUCAGGACUCAGUUGCAGAAGAAGAAAAAAGAAAUCCCUAAAAAAAUGUCGAAGUUCGAGUACCCAAUACUCCCCCGUGCGGACAUGAUAUCGAUCCUGGCCGAGUCACAAAUCGCCGCCGUUAUUGAAAAUGACCUCAAAAACCCAACCCCUGAUUUCGUCUCCGACAUCUACACCCGUCUCCUAGUCUACCUCGAUCUUCUCCACGAGGAAGACGGAGGGCAAGUUGAAUUUGCAGCAUUAGAACAGCUAGAGAACCCACAUUACCAUGUCGGGUCGGCCCGUACUGUUAAUAAUUAUAUUAAGAUUAAAGAGGUUAUAGCUUUGCUACAAUGCCCUGCUGUUUUUACUCUCAAAGAUCUUUUGAAACCCCAAGCAGAUCGCACUCAAUUUUUUCUCAGUGCUAUUCUUAAUUUCUGUCUUCAUAAAGACUCCAAAAUGAAUGAAUUGAGACCCAUUGGGGAGGAACUUUCGCUUCUUGACGAGCAGCGAAGAGAAUUCGACGAUAAGAUUUCCCAGUUGAAUGCGGAGAUUGCGGAGUACAAUGAUGCGAGGGAGAGAGAGUUGCCGCUUGUUCAAGAUGUUGAUGGUAAAGUUAAAGAAUUGCGCCAAAGGAUUGGUGACCUCAAUAACCACCAGAUGUCUCAGAGAGCUACUUACCGGAAAUUGAAGGAGAUGAGUACAGAAAUGGACGGGGAAAUCUCAAGGGCCGAGUUUGACCUGGUACAAAGUGUUCAAGAAAAUGUGAAUUUACGGUCAAAAAUUGUUCAAUCACCAGAUAAACUGCAGAGGGCUUUGGAGGAGAAGAAAUCAGUUCGACAAGAUGCAAGAAAUGCUGAAAGAUUAGCAAUGCAAUCCUUUCAGGCUAAGACUGAUGUCCUUGAGGUUUAUACGAAGGCUUCUAAGAAAAUGUCAAAGCACUUCAAUCAGAUGCAGGCAAUUCAUGAACAGGUAAAUUCUGCCAAAUCAAUUGAAAAGGACUUUAAGGCCUUAAAAGCUAAGCUUGGUUAUGAUGAACUGAUGGAUAAGUCACUUGGUGCCAAACUUGUUGAGUUGCAAGUGAAAGCACAACAGUUGGAUGGGUGUAAAAAGCUGUUAGAGAAAGAAAGAGAUGCUAAGUGUGAGGAAGCUACUGAAGAAUUCAAUAAUAUCAAAUCAGAGGUGGAAUCCAGGAGGCAUGAUCUAGGAGCAAGGCAAAGGAAGGUUGAAGAUGUAUUAACAAAGGUGGAUGCUAUAACUUCAAAGACUAACAUGGUAAAAGAAUCUGGUGUGGCUGAAGUGCAAAAGCUAGUUCACAAACGUGAAGAGAUUGCAGAACAGUUUCAACUAUAUAAGAACUCCAUUGGGCAUUUGCUGCACUGUGCUGACAGUUGAAGUUGAGCAAAAAAAUUGAUUUGAAGGAUCAAACAUGAGUCCGCUUACACUAUAAGAGGCUGCAUCAGUAAAUUUAAGUUUUUUGUUUGAACCUUUUGUUUGGAGCUUUAAAAUAUGUUUCCUGGCACUCGAGUAGUAUAUGUACAUAUGCUUGUUCCUCUAGUAUGGUUAUGACAAAUAGCCAAGACGAAUUCAUAACGACAACUUGAUUGUACGAAAAUGAGGUUUGAGGUUUGUUA